UAGCGAGGAGGUGUGUGUAGGUACUCGUCACAAUCGACUCGGAGAUUCCCGUUUGUUUCUGACCUUGGCUAAACAUUCCGAUCCACAAUCGCCGAAACAAGUCUCGUUCGAUGAUGGCGAUGACGUCACAGCUGAUGACGUCAUGGACAGAUCUGGAAUUCUGGGAAAUGCCAGCGUCGAAGAAGUGUUGGAGGGAUUUCUUUCUUUCGGUAAACGCCCAGUUCGUGAACAACUUGUAUCGAAUCCUGCUGUUUUCGAAGGAAAUGGCCACGCAUUAUUUCCAAGGACUGGAUCGGAGGCAGGGUGUAACUAUUAUUCCAAGAAUGGAGAGAGAGAUGUAUGUGAUUUUUCGAUUGAGGAUUCCGUGUCAGUAAACUGUGACAACCAAGCCUGUGUGAAUUCUCUUCCUUUGAAAGAAGCCAAGAAAUCGUACAAACUGUGCCCGUAUUGCUACACCUACUACUGCAGCAGGCUUUGUAGGAAGCUUGAUUUCGAGGCUCAUAAACAGAAAUGUCACCAUAGCAACGUAAACAGCGCGUGCAAACACAUCAUGGUUAAAAUUAACAAAGACCCCAAUAUGCAGUAUCGGUAUUCCCGAUUAGCCAGAUUGGGAUAUACGUCACAUGGUCGGGGGUGUUUGGUUCUGUAUAUCCCGGACUUGUUUAAUGCUGAACGAUAUCUACACGAUCCUGAUAGUAGCAAAUUUUCUCCAGUUUUCGUGCCUCUCAAAGCUCUCACCAGCUCCGAGAAGUUUGGUAAAAUGUUGCCAUACGUGAUUGACAUGUGUAUUCAAUGUAACCCUGCUGUCAAGUAUGUGAUGCAUGUGUCGGUGGGGGUGGGGUCUGCCUUGGAACAAAUCCCCCCUCCCAGGAGUACGGAUCCCCUUAUCCAAAAGUGCGCCAAGCUGAGUCUCAGCCCAGCUCAUGAUCUCACGGAUCUAGAGGAUCAUAACAAUAUCACGCUCCUUGCUGCCUCCACAGAACGAGCAAAUGACAGACAAGAUACCAGAGAGGCAAGGGAAGCAAGCUUCAUGGACAUUCAACGGAAGUUACGUCAUAGCGGAGUUAACCUACGUCACGAGUUCCCAGACAGUUAUAACAAAUUGAUAGACUUCGUAGCAGACGGAAGAACAUUUCCACCUCAGAUUAUCUCCCCUGUUGACUCCAAAUCGGGCGAAGGAUUUACCUGUGUCAUUGUACCCGAAACGGAAACGGAAAUAGAAUGGGUGCAGGCUCAAGAGUUCCCACCAGAUAUAGACCUGUCAACGGACGACCGGUGUCCUACUUCACCAACCUCCCCAUAAAAUUCUAACCCCGGACAGAGUCUCAUUGCCAUCCCAUAUGUGUGCCAUGUUGACAUAUUGUAUGGAUAUAUUAUAAGGACGUUCAUUACGAUGUAUAAAGGUGCAUCUGAUCGACGCUUUUACUGCAACGUGUUUUACACUGAAGCUUUUAUCUUCCCUGUAUUCAUUCAGUUGGUUGUGUUUGUGCUAAUAGAGCAAAAUAAUUGUAAAUAUUGUUGUGAAAGGUGUUUUAGUGCAGCAUUUAUUAUUAUUAACUAAGUACAUCAUACAUCCAUCCAUUUGAUUUUAUGUUCGGAGGACGGCAUUAUCAGUGGCAUACAUAAAUUAUAAAUUAAUUUUGGGAUAGCCUAGUGGUUUAAGUGUUCGUUAGUUACGUAGAAGACGUAGCAACAUUGUGGAUAUUCUCGUGCACAUGGCUGAUACUAUUGAUAAGAAAUCCGCGGAAACGUGCGUCCUCGGUGAUCACGUAAAUAUAAAUGUUACUUAAAAAGUAAAUCACCUCCUUUCCCGAACUAUUCUAGGAAUAAAUGUUUGUUUUUUGUGUUAAAUCUUUAAAACCCAAGGGGAACUCUUUUGUUGCAGCAGAUGUGUCCUUCUGAGCUGCGGCUCGUCUCACGUCCUUUUGAAAGUUUAAUUAACACAUGAAUCUUGCAGCAAAACGGCUCAGCUCCCCAGAUCGAUGUCUGUCUGUGGCUAGGUGUGAGGUUCUGUCAGCAAGCAUGUACCACCAACUGGUUAACUGCUGUUGUUACUGUUGCUGAUAGACCUGAGCCAGUUAGUAUUUAUGCCUCUUUGUCUGCCGUUUGAAGUAACUAAAGAGUGAAUGUCUGUGUUGAUUUCGUGAUAAAUUCAUGUUUUUACAUUUGUUUUAUCGAGGAAGAGUGUUUACCUAAAGUUUGUAUUUCAUUUAAGAAUUGUAUUUUUAGUAAAAUGUAUCGUUCUAUAGAAUGUUACAGAUAGUCUAGGUAUGUCUUCUUUGUCAGCGGGGUAACAUUAAUACAAACGCAUUAUGAGGAGGUUAUCGGUGCUGCAGAAUUUCUGAAAAGGUUAUGGAGGAAACAGUCAAGAUAUGGCUGUUGAGGAUACAUGUAUACUGACGGAAAGAAAUAAGGUAACACUUGUGGGUGACAUGCCGUCCCUGGACACGUGGUAGAUACCCCUACCCUGGGGAUCACGUCAACACAGUCGAUAAUGGCAUGUCACUGGGUUUUUUUAUUGAAGCAAUUCGGUAACAGAAAUAGCCAUCAGUGUGUUGUUACACUGUUAUAGGAGAGUUUUAUGAAGUUUUUAUUAUUCCACUUUAUACCUUCAAAAUUGUGAUUAUGGGGAAGAAGUGAGUGAAGAAGUACAAUGUGUAUUUACCAAGUAAAUACGACAUGUUGCUAGGAUACACUAAACAGAAGCGGUACUAGUACACCGUCUACUGUGUCGCAAGCCUCCCACAAUGUGUAGCGCAUUUCCGUGGACGUUUUGUUUUUUUUUGGUGGGGGGGGUUGUUUCAUAUCCCGUAAAUAAAUGUUUUCCUGGCGAUUACAUCACACAUGUUUCAAACACAGUUGUCCAAACAUGUCUAAUGCCGAGAUGCAGAUGUCUCUGUCCUAAUCCGAUCCUAUCCAAAAUGGCAAUAUAUAUUAGUUCACACACGAGGCUCCGAUGGUACUAAUGGAAGUUUCAGCCAUGCUGUCCUUCACCUUCAUAUGCUGAACUUUGACCCGAAAUGCCAAUAAUUCAUUGUGCCUUAAUGGUAGUUUUAGCAACCAUGUUUUAGCAUAACAAUUUACAAAUUUAGAAGCAGAUAUAUUUACAUAGUAUGCCAACACUCACUGUAUAUUUGUGAUAAAUGGUUUUAAAAAGUAUAUUUCGUUAAACCUUUGCAGCGGUGGGCUAUAUUUUGUACAUUGUGUUAGAAAAUAUUCUGAUUUGUUUUUAUGCAAAUAAUCUAUUGUUUUGUACAUUUCUUAUGAAAACUACACCGUGCAAUACAUGUACAGAUACAAAUAGAGGUCCAGCCAGAUCCAACAAACAGAUUAUUUAGCUAACACGAAAUUUGUAUAGAGAUUAAAUGAUAUAGUCUAUACCGAUCAUUUGCUUUUGUAGGAUUUGAAUAGUUGAAGAGCUAUCGGAUUUAUGAUGAACCCUUCAUAUGCUGCGCUUUGUAAAAAAAUAAGGAAUGUUGAAGAAAAUAUGUACAAUUGUAUGCCUUGUCCUGUAUUAUAUGCUUUAGGAAUAGCUGACAAUAAUUGAACGUGGAUUUGUAUUUGAGUAUUAAGCAUAUAGUCAUACCUUAGUUACUUUAUAGCAAUGUUGACUGAUUUAUGAUAUGUUUAUGUUAAGCGAUAAGCAAGUCCAUAUGAAGGGUUAAUCCAUGAUGCGUGCCUGUGAAAUAUAUUACAAUUGAUGCCUGACGCAAGUUGUAAUUUAUUUGGAGCAAUGCUAUAAUUAUUGAUCAUUAAUUAAAGAGAUUAUUGUUUCUUGCC